AUGGUUGGACUAGUCGACCCUGCUCAAGUAAGCGCUAACUCGGGACCAUACUCUCAUAGAUCACAUUACUUAGCAAAUCAGUUUAAAAACGCAAAUCCUAACCAAAUUUUCUUGGUGCCUUAUAAUACCGGAAAUCAUUGGAUCUUGAUAAUUGUGAAACCGAGAAAAGAGACUGUGUAUUAUACAGAUUCACUAUCACAACGUGUCAAUGAUAAAGAUUGCAAAAAUAUAGUGAACACUGCGAUCAAAGUAUUCAGUGCUCAAAAUAGCAAACAAGGGUGUAAAGUAUCCAUUUGGAAAGUUUUGGAGGGCACUCCAAGACAACCAACAAAUGUAGAGUAUGAUUAUUUUGUAAUGCAUUUUAUGAGAGACAUAGCUACGAAUCGAAGCUUAGAGUUUGCGCAAAAGUGGGAUAAGAGGAAUAAAAACUCAUCAUAUACCCAAGAACAAAUUGAUGAAGUUCGAAAGGAAUGGGCAGAAUAUGUGAGCAAUCAUAUGUCGUAUCGCCUAUCUAUCUAA